GCUACUAUUAGUAUUAUUUAGCUUUUUUCGACCGUUUUAGCUUCAAACGAAAUUUCUCUGGCAACACUGCGUAAAUCAUUCAAAAUGCUUAACAUUCAUUAAAUAUACGAAAAGUUAUUUCUCGCUCAGCUCUGUUACUCCGCCGCUCUUAUGUUCCACAGCAGUGUGGGCUGGUGUGGUGUGUACGCAAUCAGAUUUUGAUAACUUUUGACAAUUUACACUCUGAUUCGUAAUUGCUGCUUCUCUGUAUUUAACGUUCUCUGCUAACUAUCGAUUGUAAUAACAAAAACGAAUCGUACUAAAAAACAAUUUCAUCACCUUGAUCGCCCUGUCCAAAUAUGGCACCACUUAUUUUGUGUUUUGUUUUGUUUAGUGAAAAAUGCAACUGUCAAAAGAAAGGCAAUCGCUGAAAGUUCUUCCGUAAUCGAAUAAGUUCAUAGGUGUGGAAAUUUAUAUACUUUUUUGUUUUGCGAAAACUAAAAUAUGUAUAUUUGUGAAAUUUUUCAAGUCAAGUUAGAACAAAAAUCGCAUAUGUGACUGCUAAUAAAGCAUAAGAAUCAAGGGAUUACUCUAAAUUGACAAAGGAGUCAACAAAGGACUGAAGACUAAGCCGCAAGAAGCUUCAGUAUAAACGGCCUCCAUUAAGGAUUAGUACGACACCCGAAGCAGUGAAUCGAAAUAAAAAAGAAAUAAAUAUUCUACUACAAAAGUUCUAUCUUAACAACAUAGACAGUUCUCAUACAUAUAGACUACGCAUUAAAACCAGCCAACGGCAUCAGCAAAAUGCAGGACUCACCCGAUGCGAAGAAGCCUUGUAAGGGUAUAUUGAAGAAUUCUAGCAGUUUUGAUAAGCCCGGCGCCGCCAGUUACCGCAAAAGUGCGAAAUUUGAUGAAUUGAAUGUGUUGCAAACCUACCAUCCACUUGAUAAGGAUUAUGGUCAU